UUCUCUUUCUUUGAAAUCGGCCCCGUUUUAUUCGCUAUCGGGGGAAAAGUUCGGCGCCGGGGCGGCGGAGAAACCCUAGAGGCGGAGGCGAUGGAACCGGAGACGGCGACAGCGGCGGCUCCACCGGAGGAGGGUGAGGCGGUGGUGGCUGCAGGGACGGAUGAGGAGGCGAGGAAGGAGGUUGAGGAGGAGAUGUUGGUGGCGAGGGCACAGCGGCUAAUCUCGAAGAUCACCGCGACGCAGGCAAACCCUAAUCCUAGACUCAUCCACGCCCUUGCCUCCAUGCUUGAGGCGCAGGAAUCCAGUUAUAUCCAGCAAUCUGGUAGUUCAUCUCUCAAUAAUGGCCGGGCAUCUCACCUUAUUGGAAGAUUGGGAAGCUUGGUGAGGGAAACCGAUGAAUUCUAUGAGUUGAUAUCAUCUAAGUUCCUAUAUGAAAGUAGGUACUCUACUAGUGUUCGUUCAGCUUCUGCAAGGCUUCUUCUGAGCUGUUCUUCAACCUGGAUGUUUCCUCAUGUUUUCGAUGAUGCUGUUUUGGAUAAUAUCAAAAGCUGGGUUAUGGAAGAUCCUGUGGAAGUAUCUGGUGAUUCUUCCCACUGUGAGUGCGAGUCAGGGAGAACAAAACCAACAGAUGCGGAAAUGCUUCAGACUUAUGCUACUGGCCUUCUUGCUCUCUCCUUGGCUGGGGGCACCCAAGUUGUAGAAGAUCUGUUGACAUCAGGUUUGUCUGCUAAGCUUAUGCAUUAUCUGCGUGUCCGCAUCUUUGGGGAUGCUGGCACUGGUCAGAAAGAUAAUAUUGCUCCAGAUAUAAGGCACUGUUCUUCCAUCAGAAAUAAAGAAGAAAGUAGAAACAAGUAUCGGCAGGUUGUCAACUCCUCCCGACUGGAUGUUCCAAGGAUUGGAGAUGAACCAUUGUUAGGUGGUCAGACUUCUGAGAAGGAUCUUGAUAGAGUUGUUAAUAUGAGACAAGCACAGGGCCCAGAGUGUUGGGGAGAAGCUGGUGAAUUUCUAGAAUCUGAAAUGAUUGUUUCUUCAUCUGGAGCUGUUGGAGUUUGUGAGAUAGCUGAUGAAGAUAAUGGUAUGACUGGCGAGGGCUGGCACAACAGGGAAUUUCUUGAUGGAAAGCUUAGGCCUGGGCCUGGGGAGCGAGAUAGUGCAGUUAGAAACAUAUGGGAGGAUGAUGAGGAUGAAAAUACAAGGGAUGACUCUUCAAGGCGCAGGGCUAACAAGGGUUGGCCAAGAACAAGAGGGAAAGGACGGACUUCUGAAGGUACUCAAGAAAGUGAAAGGAUACUAAGUUCUCCAGGGUCUGGAUUAAGAAUAGGUGGUUCAGGCCGGGGUUUCAGAGACAGAAAUCAGCUAAAAAUUGAAGACAACAAAAGGAUUAUUGAUUCAAAAAAGAACGUGAGCAAAAUGGAUUUGGAUGUUUUUGCAACUGGAGAGGAGAAUGAUGAUCGUUUUGCUGACUGCAAUAUUGGUUCCAAAGAUAUAUCGCAUUUGGUGAAGGAAGCUACUAGAGCUGCUGAAGCUGAAGCCAGAGCAGCUGAUGGACCUGUUGAGGCCAUCAAAGCAGCUUGUGAUGCAGCAGCUGAAUUAGUGAAAGGGUCUGCCUUGGAGGUUUGGAAAGCUACAAAUGACGAAGAUGCUGCUGUUUUGGCUGCUUCUAAAGCUGCAUCUACUGUUGUGGAUGCAGCUAAAGCCACUGAAAAUUCAAGAAAUUCCCUUAAAGUAAAUGAAGUUUUGGACAAUCCAAAGCCUGUGGAACCUGAGGCAGAUGAUGGUUUGGAUGACUUCUUCAUUUUGGACAUUGAGCCUCUUGCACGACUAAGAGAAAAAUACUGCAUUCAGUGUCUUGAGAUUUUAGGGCAGUAUGUUGAAGCUUUGGGACCGGUCCUUAAAGAGAAAGGCGUGGAUGUCUGCCUUGCCUUUUUGCAACGCUGUUGUAAAGAUGAGAAUUCAUCGGAUGGCUUAUCAUUACUUCCGGAAGUUCUGAAGCUAAUCUGUGCCCUAGCUGCUCAUCGAAAAUUUGCUACAGUGUUUGUUGAUCGGGGUGGGAUUCAAAAACUCCUUUCCACCCCAAGAGCCUCUCAGACCUUCUUCGGUUUGUCAUCUUGCUUAUUUACAAUUGGUUCUUUGCAGGGUGUCAUGGAACGUGUCUGUGCUCUUCCUUCUGAUGUGGUGCAUCAGGUUGUUGAGUUAGCUCUUCAACUAUUAGACUGUCCUCAAGAUCAAGCUAGGAAAAAUGCAGCGAUUUUCUUUGCUACUGCAUUUGUGUUUAGAGCUGUCCUGGAUUCUUUUGACUCACAGGAAGGCUUGCAAAAAAUGUUAACUCUUUUACAUCAUGCUGCAUCUGUUAGGUCAGGUGGGAACUCUGGGGCAUUAGGUGCUCAUAAUGCAAAUCUUAGAAAUGAUCGAUCACCAGCAGAAGUUCUGACUGCAACAGAGAAGCAGAUUGCUUAUCAUUCUUGUUUUGCGCUGCACCAGUACUUCAGAGCUCAUCUUCUUUUACUUGUGGACUUGCUUCGUCCAAAUAAGAGCAGCAGGGGAAUAGCCCGAAGUACUACCAGUGCCAGAGCUGCCUAUAAGCCAUUGGACAUCAGCAAUGAAGCUAUGGAUACAGUGUUUGUUCAAAUUCAGCGUGACAGGAAACUUGGGCCUGCUUUAGUGAGAGCUCGGUGGUCUGUUGUGGAUAAGUUUCUUGCCUCCAAUGGCCAUAUAAUUAUGUUAGAGUUGUGUCAGGCUCUUCCUGUCGAGCGCUAUUUGCAUGAUUUGGCACAAUAUGCACUUGGUAUUCUUCACAUUGUAACAUUUGUGCCCUAUAGUAGGAAGCUAAUUGUAAAUGCCUCGUUGAGCAAUGAACGUGUAGGCAUGGCAGUGAUUUUAGAUGCAGCAAGUGGUGCUGGAUAUGUUGAUCCUGAGGUGAUACACCCAGCCUUAAAUGUGUUGGUAAAUCUUGUAUGCCCUCCACCUUCAAUCAGCAACAAACCAUCUCCAACUGUUCAAGGUCAGCAAUCUGUUUCAUUGAGCACAGCAAAUGGUGCUGGUGCAGAGAGUAGAGACCGCAAUGGGGAGUCUAACUUGAUUGAAAGGGGUGGGUCGACACCAUUUCCUGGAGGAAGUUCACAAACAGCAUUGACAGGUAUGUCUGCUGGAGUUGUGGGGGACCGCAGAAUAUCUUUGGGUCCUGGAGCAGGCUGCGCAGGCCUUGCUGCUCAACUGGAACAGGGAUACCGUCAGGCACGGGAAGCGGUUCGAGCUAACAAUGGUAUAAAGGUUCUCUUGCAUCUUCUUCAUCCUAGGAUGAUCACACCUCCUGGUGUUCUUGAUUGUCUCCGAGCGCUUGCAUGUCGGGUCUUGCUGGGUCUAGCAAGAGAUGAUACAAUUGCUCACAUAUUGACCAAACUCCAGGUCGGGAAGAAACUGUCAGAACUCAUUCGUGAUUCAAGUACCCAGCCAUCUGGAACUGAGAUGAGCAGGUGGCAUACUGAGCUGGCCCAAGUGGCAAUUGAGUUGAUUGCAAUUGUUACCAACUCUGGGAGGGCAAGCACAUUAGCAGCCACUGAUGCUGCUGCUCCAACACUUAGACGGAUUGAAAGAGCAGCAAUUGCUGCAGCCACUCCUAUUACCUAUCACUCCAGGGAGCUAUUACUUCUUAUUCAUGAACAUCUGCAAUUAUCUGGUUUCACAACCACUGCAGCCUUAUUAAAGAAGGAGGCUGAUUUGACACCUUUGCCGUCAUUAGGUGGACCACCACCUCCACUUCACCAAGUUACUGUUCAGGAGGGUUCGUCGACACUUCUUCAAUGGCCAUCAGGUCGUUCUAGUGGGUUUCUUUUAGAUGCGUCAAAACCAAUCUUGCGAGAUGAGGAUGUUAGCCUAAGGUCUGAUCUUGUUUCCAAUUCGUUUAAGAAGAAGUCUCUAUCUUUCUCAUCUAGUUUGUCGCAGUCAAAAAGUCGCCCACCACCUCUAUCACUUACUGGAAGUAAACCAUCUACCGCUAUCAAUGGUCCAUCUGUUGGGGGACAGGAAACUCCAUCUAUAUCUACUCCCAAGUCUUCUUUGGAUAUUGACCAUACACUCAAAUCCCCAAUUCUUUUGCCAAUGAAACGCAAAUUCACGGAGUUGAAGGAUAUUGGUUCUUCCUCUCCAUCCAAACGACUAGCUACUGUUGACCUUGUAACCCAGUCUCCAAUGUGCCAGACACCAGGCACUGGUCGUAAAAAUCACAUGUUGGAUUUUAAAGGACAAUCUCCUAGUCUCAAUCUUACGCCGCAAGAUUCUCAAUUCCGUAUGAAAUCUAGCAUUUUUUUGGAUCACUCUGAUGAAACCUUGUAUGGCAGUACUUUCCAAGCAUCGAUGACAUCUGAUGCCCAGGUUGGUCUUCAUGCUGAUUCUCAGCCUGGAAAUGCAGAGCGAAUGACACUUGAUUCUUUAGUUGUCCAAUACUUGAAGCACCAACAUCGGCAAUGCCCAGCUCCAAUAACUACACUGCCUCCUCUUUCUCUUUUACACCCACAUGUAUGCCCUGAACCCAGCCGUAGUCUGAAUGCUCCUGCAAAUGUGACAUCACGAGUUGGUUCACGUGAAUUUUUGAAAGAUUACGGGCAGAACCAUGCCCGUCGGAGGGAUCGUCAGUUUGUCUACAGCAGAUUCAAACCAUUUCGUACUUGCAGAGAUGAACCUGCUCUUUUAUCAUGCAUUACCUUUUUGGGUGACUCUUCUCGUAUAGCUACUGGGAGCCAGUCUGGGGAGCUGAAGAUUUUUGAUACCUAUAAUGGCAAUUUGCUGGAAAGUCAGUCAUGUCACCAGUCACUUGUCACACUUGUUCAAUCUGCCUGUUCUGGUGGAGUGCAGCUUAUUCUUUCCUCUAGUAUACAUGAUGUAAGGUUGUGGGAUGCAUCCUCGAUAUCGAGUGGGCCUUUGCAUUCAUUUGAUGGAUGCAAAGCUGCACAAUUUAGCCACUCAGGGACCAUGUUUGCGGCUUUUUCUCCAGAGGCAUCUCGGCGGGAGGUUCUUCUGUAUGAUAUCCAGACCUAUAAUUUAGAGCAGAGGUUCUCUGAUAGCUCAAACAUGUCAGGACGAGGUCACACGCAAUCCCUUAUACAUUUCAGCCCGUCAGAUACAAUGUUGCUUUGGAAUGGGAUCUUGUGGGAUCGACGAAGUUCGGGCCCUGUUCAUCGGUUUGACCAAUUCACAGACUAUGGAGGAGGUGGCUUUCAUCCUGCUGGAAAUGAGGUUAUUUUGAACUCCGAAGUCUGGGAUCUUCGGAAAUUUAAGCUUCUUCGGAGUGUGCCAUCCCUGGACCAGACUGUGAUCACCUUCAACUCAACGGGGGAUGUCAUCUAUGCAAUCCUGAGGCGCAACCUGGAAGAUGUGACAUCAGCUGUUCACACCCGACGUGUUAGGCACACAUUAUUUCCUGCGUUCCGCACCAUUGAUGCUGUGAACUAUUCUGAUAUUGCGACAGUCCAAGUUGAUCGCUGUGUCCUUGAUUUGGCAACAGAACCCAAUGAUUCCUUUGUUGGGGUUGUCGCCAUGGAUGACCAUGAGGACCUGUACUCCUCUGCCAGGCUUUAUGAGAUUGGUCGGCGUCGACGAACUGAUGAUGAUUCUGACCCUGAUGAUGGGCCAGACACAGAUGAAGAGGAAGAUGAGGAGAAUGAUGACUCUGAUGUGGAUGCGGAUGCUCUGUUGGGCCCUGAUUUGGAUGGUGAAGGGGAUAGCGACUCGGAUGACUUGAGCAACGAUGAGGAUGAUGAUAGUGUGGAUGAAGCUGAUGAUGAUGUUGGGGAUUUCAACAUGGAUGGUCAAGGUUUGCUGGAGAUGGUGACUGAGGGAGAUGAGGAUGAUGACAGUGAGGUGCUAGAGUCACUGGGCAGUGAAGACGACGGGGAUUUUGUGGGCAACGGUUUCGGAUUCUAAACUGUAGCAAGAUCUUAUCUGUUGUUUGCUUGUCUUCCCUGUAAGUAUUUAGCUUCUUGGUCCUUCAGUGGGAGUAGGAAUUAGCAAAAAAAAAGUGUAUUGGAGGAAGUGGGGAUAUGAGAUGGUUGAAGAGAGCAAUUGAUCUACUUUUUUUGGGUCUGUGCUAAAGAAAAAUAAAGUGGUAAUUUUGGAAUUCUUUGUAAUUGUUCCAAAUGUAUCAUAUUUAUUUUUCCUUCUUCCCUUCAUGGCAA